CCGGAAAGCAGCAGGAACGUGUUAAGGCCGGUCAGUAUUAAAAGAGGGAUCAUAGUUUUCAUACACAUAAAACAUGUCUCAAAGCAGCAGUUUUCGUGUGGUCAGCGGGAACAUAAAAAAUGACAUUUUCGGAGUUUAAAAAGAACCUCCAGAUACCGGAAGUGCGCCACGUUAGUAACUGCCAUAGAUAUCAUUGGGCUUGUUAGCGUGCGUAAAUUCCGCCGCCAUCUUGUGACGGGGUCCCGACCAGUACCACAAAUGGAAGAUGCCGGACUUUUGUGCUGCUUAUGGAUGCUCUAAUCAAAGAAACGAUAAAACUAAACAACAGGGAAUAACAUUUCACAGAUUCCCAAAUGACAAAGUGAGGCGACAGGCAUGGACAGCAGCACUGAGGAGAAAGGGGUUCGAGCCGCAAUCCCGUACAGUCAUCUGUAGCUGUCAUUUUAAACCUGAAGAUUUUGACAGGACUGGACAGACGACCCGUUUAAAGGAAGGAGCGAUCCCAUCCGUUUUUAAAUUUCCUGACCGUCUUUCCAAACUGCCCAGUACGUCCAGGUCAUGCAGAAAAUACAAAAAGGCAGCUGCAGAAUGUCCACGUCCACCUGCCAGAGGACUUGGAGGACUCGACCUCAGCCAGGAGUCAGCAGCUGCAGAAUGUCCACGUCCACCUGCCAGAGGACAUGGAGGACUCGACCUCAGCCAGGAGUCAGCAGCUGCAGAAUGUCCACGUCCACAGUCACGUCCACGUCCACAGUCACGUCCACGUCCACAGUCACGUCCACGUCCACAGUCACGUCCACCUGCCAGAGGACUUGGAGGACUCGACCUCAGCCUGGAGUCAAUCUCAGAUCACCAUUAUGCCUUUGACCCAGCUAAAGCGAAACAUAACAUAGCAGAGGCCCAAGAACAGUUGGAGAAAUUACAACGGGAAUUAAGAAAUGCCAAAGACCGUGAAAAAAGACAUCAUAAUAGAGUGAAAACCCUGUUACAGGAUUUAAAAGACAAAGAGAUCCUAACAGAAGAACUGCAGCAGAAGCUGGAUUACUACUCUGAGCUGUUGAAGUGGCUGCCUCGCUCCAAGAUGGCGGCUGCAUUGACACAUCGCUCCAGUGAACAUCAGUGACCAAGGCGGCGUCUAUGUGUGUGACGUCUAUGAGUAACUGCAUGCCCAGUAAGCCCUGGCUUGGAAUAUUGACGGGACUGAAUGACAGAACGCUUUUUGUGACCUCUGUUAAGCGUGUCCCCUUUCUUUAACUUUUGUAAUUAUCUUUGUAUUAUUUAUAAGUUAUUUAUUUGAAUUUAACUAUAAAUUAUGGACAUUAAUUAAAGGUUGUGUAUCAUGUACGGCCAUUUCCGUUACACUGAGGGUAGACUUCAUGCUUUUUUACAGUUUGUUCCAAUGACCUACAACAACUCCAGUGGUUUUUUAUGUUCUGUAAAAUUCCCAAGAUUUGUAAGUAGAAUUGCCUUGAAGUCCAAACCAGAUUUGCCCAUGGCCUGAGGGGGGGGGGCACCCAGUUCAUUUGCUUUAGUAAUUGGGUUUAUACAACACUUUUUUUUUUCUCUGACUUGUACAUCCAGCUAGUAAGGGUUUGUUUUUUUUCAGUGGUCGAUAAUCAACUUUUCUGUAGCCAUUGGUGCCUCAUUUAUCAAUGCAAUCAUGGCUUCUAAAACUGAGAAAAUUUUGUAUCAGAGUUUGAAUUAAAAGAUUCAUAUGGUAAAA